GUUUGGGUCUUUAUUCACACCGGUUUCACGGAUUUCAUGCGGCCGUCACUCUCUCGUAGUCUCUGUUUUUCGUUACCCAUCCUUUGGUCUCUGUUCACUUCAACUCUCUCUCUUUUUUAUCUUUCUUUCCUUUUUCCCUUCCCUUAACCCACAUCACAUUCAAUUCAAUUAUUCUAUUCCUUAUCAACUCUACCCCACCGCCCCAAAUCAUAAACGUCCCCCUUUCAUAUAUAACACCUCUAUCUCUUCUUUCCUUCACGCUCCCAAUUCCAGAUUUUCUUUCUUCCUCCCUCAUGCGUAACACAAUGCGGAGAUAGCGAUUCUCUCUCUCUCUCUCUCUCUCUCAGAUCUGAUUCUCUCCGAAUAGCCUAAGGUCUAAACUAUCUGUAAGGCACUUGACCUGCUGACAAGUGGCAACAUGGCGCAAGCGAAAUAUUCUAGAAUAGAUAACAAACGGUCUACAUCGGGUUACUGUUCGACAGUGACUAUUGUUGUGUUUGUGGCUCUAUGCUUGGUUGGGCUAUGGAUGAUGACGUCGUAUUCUGUAGUUCCUGUGCAAAAUGUAGACGAGUCUUCAGUGAAUAAUAAGAAUGAGGUGAAAGAACAGAGUGAGGUGAAGGAUCAGACAAGUGAAGCCGCUAGUGAUACCAGUAAUAGCAAUGCUCAGCAGUUUGAAGAUAAGCAGGGAGAUCUGCCUCAGGAUGCAACCAAAAAGGAUAGCAGUGUCAGUGUAACAUCUGAAAACAAUCCUGUUUUGCCAGAAAAACAGGAAAUUGUUUCUGAUAAGGCUCCUGAAGAUACUAAGAUGGUAUAUACUGAUACAACUCAGAACGUGAAGCCAUCUGAUUCAGAUGAUAGCAAUGCCAAACCUGGUUUUAAUGAGGAUAACAAGAAAUCUGAUUCUGAUGAGGGUGAAAAGAAGUCCGAUUCUGAUGAGAGUGAGAAGAAGUCCGAUUCUGAUGAGAGUGAGAAGAAGUCUGAAUCAAAUGGUAACGGACAAUCUGAUUCAGAUGAAAAGGGGAAUAGCCCUGGUUCAGAUGGAAGUGAAAAUAAAACUGAUGACUCGAAUGGAACAACAGAUAAUAAAACAGAAGAAAAGGCAGAUCAAAGUGAUAACCAGGGGUCUGAUGAAAGCUCCAAUGAGAAGAAAACAGAAGAAAAUACCAACAACCAGGGCUCUAAUGAGGUACUCCCUUCUGGGGCCCAGUCAGAGCUUCUGAAUGAAAGUACAACUCAAAAUGGUUCUUUUUCAACACAAGCAGCAGAGUCAAAGAAUGAAAAUGAGGCUCAAAAAUCCUCCAAGCAGUCUACUGGGUUCAAUUGGAAACUCUGCAAUGUCACUGCUGGCCCUGAUUAUAUUCCAUGCCUUGACAACUUGAAGGCAAUUAAAAGCCUUCGAUCUACUAAACACUAUGAACACAGAGAAAGGCAAUGUCCUCAAGAUCCUCCUACAUGCCUUGUCCCUCUUCCUGAUAGAUAUAAACGCCCAAUUGAGUGGCCCAAAAGCAGAGAGAAGAUAUGGUAUUCCAAUGUUCCACACACUAAGCUUGCUGAAUAUAAGGGGCACCAGAAUUGGGUAAAAGUUGCAGGCGAGUAUCUUACUUUUCCGGGUGGUGGAACCCAAUUCAAACACGGUGCGCUUCAUUACAUCGACGCUAUACAACAGUUCGUACCCGAUAUUGCUUGGGGCAAACAAACACGUGUGAUAUUAGAUGUUGGAUGUGGUGUUGCCAGCUUUGGUGGCUUUCUCUUUGAAAGAGAUGUACUUGCAAUGUCAUUUGCACCAAAAGAUGAACAUGAAGCUCAGGUACAAUUUGCACUUGAAAGGGGAAUUCCUGCUAUAUCUGCUGUGAUGGGCACAAAGAGGCUUCCGUUCCCUGCUAGAGUAUUUGAUGCAGUCCAUUGUGCACGCUGUAGAGUUCCAUGGCAUAUAGAAGGUGGAAAACUUCUCUUGGAGCUGAAUAGAGUAUUGCGACCUGGUGGUUUCUUUGUAUGGUCUGCUACUCCUAUUUAUCAGAAGCUUCCUGAUGAUGUACAAAUAUGGAAAGAAAUGAAGGCACUAACAAAAGCCAUGUGCUGGGAAGUGGUAAAUAUCAGCAAGGAUAAACUUAAUGGAGUUGGUAUAGCUGUAUACAGGAAGCCAACUUCUAAUGAGUGUUAUGAGAAACGUACCAAGAAUGAGCCUUCUCUAUGUCAAGACUCUGAUGAUCCUAAUGCUGCGUGGAACAUUUCAUUGCAAACAUGCAUGCACAAAGUGCCAGUGAGUUCGACAGAACGUGGGUCACAGUGGCCAGAGAAAUGGCCAGCAAGACUCAGCCAAUCACCUUACUGGUUAUCAAACUCUGAAGUUGGAGUUUAUGGAAAGCCUGCUCCAGAAGAUUUUGCGGCUGACUAUCAAUACUGGAAACGCGUAGUGUCCAAGUCUUAUCUAAAUGGGAUGGGCAUUCAGUGGUCCAAUGUGCGCAAUGUAAUGGACAUGAGAUCUGUCUAUGGAGGGUUUGCAGCAGCUUUGAGAGAUAUGAAUAUUUGGGUGAUGAAUGUGGUUCCGGUAGACUCACCAGACACACUUCCUAUUAUUUAUGAACGGGGGCUAUUUGGCAUAUAUCAUGAUUGGUGUGAGUCAUUUAGCACAUAUCCGAGAUCCUAUGAUCUACUUCAUGCAGAUCAUUUGUUUUCAAAGCUUAAGAAAAGAUGCAAGUUUGAAGCUGUAGUGGCCGAGGUUGACAGAAUUCUCAGGCCUGAGGGAAAGCUUAUUGUCCGAGACACUGCUGAGGUCAUUAACGAGCUUCAGCGCUUGCUGAGGUCUAUGCAGUGGGAGGUUCGCAUGACUUACUCUAAAGAAACAGAGGCCUUUUUAUACAUCCAGAAGUCCAUGUGGCGGCCUACAGAAUUGGAAACGGUAGAGUAUGCUAUUGCUUAAGCAUGGUGAUAUGCCAACAGGAGUUAGGUGAUUUUUGGUUUUGGUUGCUCAAUAUUCUUGUGUAAGUGUGUUUCCGCCAUCAUUCAUGUAUUGUUAAGUUAGGCAUUUAUUUUUUCUUUUGGUAAUUUAUUUUGAUCUCCACUGUUUGGAGAUUUGUUUCUUUUGCUGUAACAUGGCGCCAUAGUUAAGGAUUUCUGAUCACAUUCUUGCAAUUGUAGAGGCCUUGGAUACUUGAUAGUUAAGAUUUUGCAAAGGUUUAGUAAGAUGUCCACCAAAAUUUGGUAUUAGUUUUGUAAUUGAAUAUUUGGACAAGAACAAAAACAGACAGUAUAUUAUUGAUUCAAAUAUCAAAUACUGAUAGUUAAUACUAA